AUGGCAGCACAAUUGAAGACAAUAUUUCAAGAUUUAGAAGUGCAACAAAUAUUAAUAAAACGUUUUGAAAAUGCUGGAAAAAGUUCGAAUAAAAAUACCAUCGAGAAUAUUACCGAUGGAAAAAUCUAUAAAAAAUUAUCUACAGAAAAUAAUCCUUUAUCCGACAGUUUUAAUUUUUCUUAUACAUUUAACACUGAUGGUUGUCAAGCAUCUAAAUCAAGCAAAGUCUCUACUUGGCCAAUAUACGCAAUCAUCAAUGAAUUACCUCCUAAACUUCAAUCUAAACACAUGAUUAUGUCUAGCAUAUGGGUUAGUAAGAAGGAACCAAACAUGCAACUUUUUCUUAAACCAUUUGUUAUGCAAGCGAAUGAAUUAGCUGAUAAAGGUAUUGAAUGGAAAUUAGGAGACAGAAUAAUUACUAGUAAAUUUGUACCAGUGUGUGCUGUUGUUGACUCGGUGGCUAGAUGUAAAAUGUUAAACAUGAAGCAGUAUAAUGGUACAUAUGGUUGUACUUUCUGUGAACAUCCUACAGAAUCUGUUGACGGAUAUAGAAAAUACACCAUAUCUACGAAUAUUCCCAAAGAUCGAACUGAUGAAUCAAUAAAAGAGAAUAUGAAUCUUGCAGGUCAGAGUGAAUUUGGCAGAGAUGUUAUGGGUGUUUGGGGGCCUUCACCAUUAAUGAAUUUAAAAUACUUUGACAUUGCUAAUGGAAUGUCACCGGAUUAUAUGCAUUCCAUUUUAUUGGGCACAGUAAAACAGCAUACAGAAAUUGUAUUAUCCUCAUUCGACAAAGAAUACUACAUUGGUAAUCCAAACCAGCUACAAAUUAUAAAUGAGAGACUUAUGAGUUUCAAACACCCAACAUGUAUAACUCGAUCACCAAGACACAUAACGGAGAAAGAAAUGUGGAAAGCAACUGAGUGGCGGUCAUGGCUACUUUUUUAUUCUUUAAUUUGCUUAAAAGGAAUCCUUCCUGAAAAAUAUUUAAAUCAUCUUGCUUUACUAGUAGAAGCAAUGAAUAUUUUGUUAUCUGAAAAGAUAGAUAAAAAAGAGUUACGAAUAGCUGGUUUUUUGCUAAUCAGAUAUGUAACAUUUUAUCAAGAAUAUUUUGGGAAAGGAGCUAUGACAUACAACAUUCAUUUGCUUUUACAUAUGGAAAAAAGUGUAUCAAAUCUAGGACCAUUAUCAUGUCAUAACACCUUUACUUUUGAAAACGAAAACCACUUUGCAUUAAAAAUGGAAAAGAGUCCAACCCAUCUACCUAUUCAGGUUGCUAGAAGGUAUAUAUUCCAGAAGUCACUGCCAUCAUUUGAAAGCAAAUUAAUUAAAAGCAAUGGUUUUAAAACGUUUUGUGAAAGAAACUUGACUGGGCGGUUGAAAAAUACUUUUAAAGUAAACGAAUGUACUUUGAUAGGCAGAGGCAAAGCAUAUGAAUUAAACAUUAUGGAAAGGGCACUAGUAAAUACUACGGGAAAAUGUCGAUCAUUCAACAAAUUUAUUUAUAACAAUAAUCGUUAUACUUCGAGUAACUACCGCUUAUGUCAAAAAAUAAACGAUUCUUUGAUAAUACUUAAAAAUGGAAAGAUGGGUGUAAUAAAAGAAAUUUGCUAUUUUGACACAAAUGAAAGUGACAAACAAAUUUAUAUAUUUUAUGAAGAACUAAUAGGACGGAAGAAAUAUUUUCACUCAACAAAGCAGAUUACAGUUCAUAAUAUUGAAGAAUGUACACCUAACGUUAAUCUACAAGUGUGCAAGCCAGAGAUGAUAAUGGAGCCAUGCAUGUUAACAGAAGUAAACAAUCAAUAUUACAUUAUUAAAAUUCCGCGAGGAUGUUAUAAUGAUUAAGAAAAAUAUAAAUAUGUCGGUAAUUCAUGAACUAUAAAAAAAAAAUAAAUGGUAUCUUAAAAUUGAAAGUACAUCAGAAAAUGAAGAUUUUGGUACCAAUCCGAGUUC